AUGAAGCAGAAGCUACCGUACGUCGGCGCCGGCCUUGGCACCGUACUCUGCGGCGCCGCUGCCGCCGCCUGCGUCUACUCGCUCGUGACGAUCCGCGCGCGGCCCAAGAAGCUGCUUACCGAGAGCGGCAGCCCGCAGGUGCCCGUGGGCCUCUUGCGCCUGAGCCACCCCGGCGACGACUUUUUGCACCUCUUGCGCAACGACGUGCUCCUCGAGAAGACGAUCGACCGCGUGAGCUCGCGCCUCCUCAUCUACGUCGAGACGCCAUUAGACAUGGCGACGUCGGCGCGGCUUCAGUUCCUCAGCGACCUCUACAACACGGUGUGGGACCUUGCAUGCUACGUCGGCAAGUACGAACUCGACAUUCGCCUCGUGGCCAGCCACGACCGGUCCUGGGACGAGCUACUCGCAACGCCCGAGGUCGCCGGCGUCUUUGGCUACUUUGGCAUGGACGUAUCGGAGCUCAACGCGCAGCGGAAAGCGCACUUGCCCCGCGUCGUCUUCUAUCCGCUCAAGACGUACGUCGAACGCCUCGUGGACCCCGCGCAGUUUGUCUACCUCGAAGAUCCGUCGACGGCGCUGGCGAAGGAAGCGGUUGUUGUCGUCGGCGGGACCUUUGACCACCUCCACAACGGCCACAAGAAGCUGCUGUCGCUCGCAGCCGCGGUCACGUCGUCGCUGCUCAUCGUCGGCCUCGGAUACCUCAUCCAGCCGCUCGAUAUGCGCAAGCGCAAGGUCGCCGAGUACCUCGCAUGCAUCCAGCCGUCGCUGCAAGCCGACGUCAUGACGAUCGACGAUCCGUUUGGGCCCGCGAUUUCGUCGCCGCAGAUCACUGGCAUCGUCGUCUCGACCGAGACCGUCCCGGGCGCGGUCAAGAUCAACGAGAUUCGCGCCGAGCGCGGCCUCAGUCCGCUCCAGAUCUACGUGUGUCGGCGGACCGAGUGCAGCACGCUCAGCUCGUCCUUCAUCCGAGAGCAGAUUGCCCGGCGAUAA